GGCCGAAAGAAAUAGUUGGCAGAGUGUGAGUGAGUUUGUGAGGGGACGGGACCCGUCCUCCGAAGUGGUUACCGUUGCCUUUGGGGAUGCGUCGUCAUGGAAGCGACCUGCGUUCAAGUUUUUCGUCCAUCGGGGACGAUUGGUGCAACCAACUGCAGCUCAAUUUUUUCUACUUGCUCCGUCUUGGCACUAUCUGGGGCACCAAUUCGAUCGCGGUUAUCUCUUUUUUUUGGACUCUGCCCCCCCGUAUGCUGUAGCUAAGCAUAAGCCCGUUGUGCUUGUUGACGACUGGCCGAUCGAGAGGGGAGGUGAAGCGGGUGUACAGUCCGUGAGACGUGAGGGAGUGUUGCUUUGAAGUUGGUGAGCUGCAUUUGAGAUGGCAAGAGCUGGUUUCCAUAUUCUUGGUACCGGAGUGCAGGAUUGAGGGAGGCGAGUAGGUUGGCGAACCUCGUGCGAGGUCAAGGUGAUGGUGAGGUGGAGGAGAGCAGAGAAGGGAGCGGAAUCAGAAAGAACGUUGGAUUAAGGGGGUUUCGUAGGAAGGAGGGAUGUACCCGCUUCGGAUGUUUACGAAGGUCGAGUCCCCUAAGAAGCUGGCAUUAGAGCAAUGCGAAGGGGAGGAGGUUGGCAUUGAAGGUAAGGACGGAGCUCGAUCGGCUUCAGCGGAGCCACGGCUCGCAUUUGUGACCACACGGCGAGACACCGAAAGUAGCGAUUUGUCACCACCGAAAGGAAUCCAUGGAUUUGUGGGAGGGACUUUCAACGAGCACAAUUUGUCUCCUCCAAAAAUGAUUCAAGAGGGACGAUCUCAAACUGCGUUGUGCAAUGCAGGAGUUUCCGAAGGUGCAAAGAGCGAGCCGAUUGGUGCCAACACACCUGAACGGCCUGCGAAGCGCCACUUAAAGCUCACUUGGCGCUCUCGUCAGCCAUCCGACAGACAGAAGAAUUUGAAGCACAGGAGAUCACCUUCGUUAACUCGCGGUCGAUCUGAUAAUUCCCGGCUUGGCACCGCGCAAGAUGCUGCGUCCAAUAAAAGCUUGCGACUGUCUGCCUCAUUCUCUGAUAUCAGUGAUAAAGAUGCAGGUUUGGACAAUUGUCGAUUGGUACAAGCAUCUCAGAAAGAGGGACUUGACACCUUGCCUUCUACUCCUCCGCGGGGGUCAAGAAAGAAACUUGCCGAUGCUGACCUCAAUAACAGCCCAACUUCUCUGUGCCCAGUUACCUCAAAUGCUACACCUCGUAGCGCAAGUCGAUCGCUGCGCUACGGAAGCUCUUCUUCAAUUUCCAAUGGAGGGGGUCUGAUAAGCACACUAACCACAGGGGUGAUCGGAAAUGAUCCAAGGGCGUUGUUUCGAAAUCAACAUACCUCUCAGCUCUACACGAAUUCGCAAUUUCACUUAGAAGAGGACCCGUCGUUCUGGCAGGAUCACAACGUGCAGGUCCUGAUUCGGUUACGGCCAAUUAACGGCUCAGAAGUCGCGCAACAAGGACUUGCUAGGUGUGUGAAGCAGGAUAGUGCGCACACUGUCACCUGGGUUGGACAACCGGAGACGAGAUUCACUUUCGAUCAUGUCGCUGGUGAAUCCAUAACGCAAGCCGAAUUAUUCAGAGUGGCGGGAGUGCCUAUGGUUGAGAAUUGUUUAGCUGGAUACAACAGUUGCAUGUUUGCAUAUGGCCAGACAGGCAGCGGUAAAACCCACACAAUGCUCGGGGAUAUCUCGGAUUUUGGUCACCAACCUAGUGACAACCGAGGCAUGACUCCGCGAGUGUUUGAGUCCCUAUUCACUAAGAUGAAAUUGGCUGAAGAAGCACAGAAGCACGAGAAUCUGAAAUUCAAGUGCAGGUGCUCUUUUCUGGAAAUUUACAAUGAGCAGAUUACAGACCUUCUCGAGCCAUCCUCUUCCAACUUACAGGUGCGAGAGGAUGCCACCAAGGGUGUUUAUGUUGAGGGCUUGACGGAAGUGGAGGUGCAAAAUGAGCAAGAUGUACUUCACCUUCUCCUGUUGGGUGCUGCCAAUAGAAGAGUGGCUGCUACAAACAUGAAUAAUGAGAGCAGUCGCUCCCAUAGUGUGUUCACGUGCAUAAUUGAAAGUCAGUGGGAGUGCGAUCAGAUGAUCAAUUACCGAUUCGGGCGUUUAAAUCUUGUUGACCUUGCAGGUUCUGAAAGGCAAAGGGCUUCUGGUGCUGAAGGUGAACGAUUGAAGGAAGCAGCCAGUAUCAACAAGUCACUUUCAACUCUUGGGCUUGUCAUUAUGGUGCUGGUAGACACGGCCAACGGGAAACAGAGGCAUGUCCCAUAUCGUGAUUCAAAACUUACUUUCCUUCUACAGGAUUCACUUGGUGGCAAUUCGAAGACAACGAUCAUAGCCAACAUCAGUCCAUCUAUCUGUGCAUCGUUGGAGACUUUGAGCACUCUCAAGUUUGCACAGCGGGCAAAAUUUAUCCGGAACAAUGCUGUAGUUAACGAAGAUGCGGCUGGAGAUGUGAAAGUCUUGCGUCAGCAUAUACAACAGUUGAAGGAUGAGUUAGCACGUCUGCGAAGACAGAGCAUAUCACGAAUACCAACUGCACGAGCAUCUGGAGUUUUGCGGGAAGAAGUCAUAAAUGAAUGCACCCCACUCAAUUCGAAGGAGAAGCUCAAUAGUUCCAUUGAAGGCUCUUUCUUAAAUUUUGGAAAUACCCUUCAAAGUCCCACUGUUCUUAAUAAAAAGAUUAAGUCCUUGGAAGCUGUGUUGGCGGGUGCCCUUCGGCGCGAGCGGGCGGCGGAGUAUUCAUUGAAGAGAUCAGCCACUGAGAUUGAACACUUGACUCGCUUGGUCAAACAGCGUGAAGAAGAAACAAAAUGUUGCAAGAUGGUUUUGCGGUUCCGAGAAGUCAAAAUACAAAGGCUUGAGGUAUUUAAUGACAGUUCUUUGUCUACAGACGCUAAACUCGCAGAAGAACAAAUUGCUGAUCAUAAAGAGUUGCAGCUAAUGCGUGACGAAAAAGUUUCUAAUUCCGAAGUCAUAAGGAUUUCUAUAGAGAAUAUGCGCCUCCAAGAGCUGCUUCGCAAGUUUGAAGAUUUCCAUAACAAUGGAGAACGAGAAGUUAUGGCUCAAGAGAUCGCGGAUCUUCGUGAUCAAUUGGUGGGCUUUCUAGACUGCAAGCUUUCUCUCGAUCCUCUUGUUGAUUCCCAGAAAGAUGCCCUUGCAUCUGCAGAGCGCCGCCAACUGGAGCUUCUUCUUACAGAGGUUGACUCCUACCGAAGAGAGCUUGAAGAAUGUCGGACUCAACUCAGUGCCUGCUUGACUUCCAACGACAACAUGGAAAGACAGCUGGGUGAGUUACGUGAAGAAUUGGAAAGGGCGAAUGUAGCUUGCGGCAAGUACAAAAAGGAACUUCAAGAUGUUCAGGAGAACGCCUUGGAAGUGGAUUGCUUCGAGUUGAAACAAGCUCAGCAUGAGCAGUACGUUAUUGAGCUUAAGAGUCAGCUCAAGAAGAGUGAGGAGAAAGCUGCCGAAGAAGCCAGGAAGAGAAGCCAGCUUGAUAAUCAACUGAAAGAGGCCCUGCUAGAGUCCACCAACCUUCAGACAGAACUUCAGUGGACCAAAGACUCAUUGGAAAAAUCUGAAGGGCACGAGGUCAUUAUGCAACAAAGUCAAAAGUCACCCCAGGUAAGAGUCAUCCGAAGUCAAGUUGAGUCUGAACUUGGUGAAGUAAAUGCUACAUCAGAAGAUCAGCGCUCACUUGGAAGUAGAUUUAAGGAACAUUUCCCUGAUGAAGAACGACGAGAACACAGAAGACAAACGAAUCAUAAGUAUCUUCAGAGUUCUGAAUUCCAGGAUCCAGGAGGACGAAGGAGAAGUAUACAGCAUCGUGAUGCUAUCUUGCAACUACAGAUGGAACUAGACAGAAGUGACGGUGAUCUUAAGAGUCACAGAUGGGAAGAAGAAACUAGAAACACCGAUGAAAUGGACGAUUCAGAGGUUAAGAACUCGGUGACAAUUAUGCAGCUUCUGUUGGACUUGGAAUCACUAGAGAACAAAUUAGAAGAGAAGCGAAGAUGUCUUGAGGAGGCUGAAACUUCUAGCGUACGUCUUCAGAAACAGGUGGAAGAAACCGUCUCUCAGCUUCACUCCGAAAAGGAAGUCUCAGAAUCUCUUAGGAAUCGUCAAACUCAGGUAGAGUUGGAACUUGACGCUCUUCGCCUGGACCAUAAACUCGUUCUGGAGAAGAUGGGAAAAGCGGGUGAGAAUGAGACCAAAUUGAAUCAGAAGAUAUCUCAACUGGAGUGGAAACUCAGCAAGGAACGAGAGCUUCUCAGCAUCCAAACAGAGGCAACGGAAAUGAGCAUCCAUGAUUCAAGCAACGAUGCAAGGAAAUUCACUUUGGAUACUAAAGUUCAAGGAACAACGGUGGAAGUCGAGAGAAUCGUUUCUAUGAAGAGUGAAUCAUCAGCCGGAGAUAGUAUUGCAAUAUUAUCGCGCUUGCUGAAGAAGAAAGAGGCUGAGAUUUGCACACUUCAGCAGGAUUGGGAGGACGUGGCGGCAAAGUUGAUUGAUCAAUUUGUUCCUGACUUGCCUUCAUUUGAUGCUGCUCGUUUAAAACCAACGCAGGAUUUGAUUGCAAGGAUAUCAGAACACCUCCAUCUGCAACUGCGGACCGCCGAGCAACGUUUACAACGUGUUACUGAGAAGUUAUCAGAGGUUGUCAAAGCGCAAGACGGUUUGGCCAUUGUCAAAGAGAACUGGAACUUCAAGAUAUCUGCAUCGAAGGUAAAUAUAUCUGUAGCUGAGCAGCGGUGUUCGCAGCUUAAGGAGGAGCUUAGUACCAUGAAAAAUGAGCUUCAAAGGCUUGAAGCCCGUACUCUCGCGGCAGAGGCCCGGGAGGACGAGUUGCAAAAGGAAAAGGUCAAACUUGGGGAGGAAUUGAAGCGUAUUGCGGACGACUUCCGAUAUCAGGUUGAAUCGAAAGAUCAGGAGAAUAUUAGGCUGAAGGAGCAGAUGGUAGACCAAUAUGAAGACUGGGUUCUUGAGAGAUCAGAUCUCCUCGCAGCCUCCCGAGACGCAGAGUCUCGCUGUACCGAGAAUAAUCAGACAAUUUCGAAUCUGCAAAGAACCAUGGCUAAGCUUCAAGGCCAGGUUUCAGGAGCUGGCUACAAACCUCGGUUACGGGAAAGCAAGUUGCACAAACGUCCUGAAGACGAUGUGGCCUCUCCAUUGGAAGAUAGGAUGGAAGAACUGUGUAAUGCAGUUAACCAGUUGACUGCUGAAAAUUUGGAACUUCGAAACGAGAAGCUCUUGUUAUCCAGUAACACUCACAAGAAGAUCCAUUUGGUUGCACAAAAGGAGGAAGAUUAUUCUUCUGUGCAUAAAAGACUCCUGGAUGCAGAAGAGCAGCAGAAACAGGCUGAAUCAAAAGUAGCAGCACUCACACUGUUGAUUGAAGAAUUCAAUUGUUCAGAAGAGAGUUGGCUUUCCGAGAAGGCGUCUCUUAAAUCAGAAGUUGCGAGACUCGAGUCUUGCUUAGUAGACUUGAAACUGGAAUAUCAGUCCUGCCAGAAGGAAAGGGACAAUUAUCUGAAGGAGCUUUCUGAGAUGGAUGAGAAUAAGGGGAUUCAUGCCAACAGAACAUCGAAAGAAGGAAAGAACACUCAGGCGGAACUCAAGAGAGCACUCGCGGCUCUGGAUAGUUCAGAGGAAAAAGUGAAAUUGCUAACAGACAUGGUAUCUACCAUGGGCGAAGAUUGGAGUGCAGAAAGACAACACCUGAUUGCUGAAAAGGAAGACUUAAGAAUGGAGAUUGAUAGAUUGGAGCAGCAGUCAGAUGUUCGCAGGAGUUCGGAUCAGCCUUUUCGACGUCUGAGUGAGAAUAGAUCAGUUCCAGCACCUGAGGCUAGUUCCUUCAACAUAAAUGCAGACAAAUUGCGGCAAGAUCUGGACAAGAUGAGAACUGAAAAUUUAAAAUUACGCAGCAGAGCACGAGAGCAGGAUCAAGCCUACUUGUGUGUGCGAAUGGAGUUAUCAGCUAUGCACGCAAAACGCAAGGAUUUGGAAACUGAGAUUGACAAGUUAGUCACAGAGAACCAGUAUUUUAUCCAGAAGGAGAAAGAUUACCUGGCGCAGCUGGAGGCUACCGCAUUAGAGGCCAGCAGGAAGCAUGCUCAACUUCAAAACUGUGAAUUAGAACUGCAGAGACUAACCAUGCUGCUACUCGAGUCUGAAGAGAAGAUGAAUGCUGCCGAGCAAGCAUGGAGGGAUGAAAAGACUCAACUUGAAUCCGAGAGAGAGGGUGCACGGAUUGAAGCGAAUGAAAAAAGAAACGAAACUGCAGCUAUGUUGGUGAAAUUUGAGGAAUGGAAAACUACAUUGAGAGAAGCUGAUGCCAUGGUCAACGCGCUUGUAAGAGUGAACGAGAAAGCGAAAGAGCGAUGGAAGAGAGAAAAAGAGCGGCUUGCAUCAGCACAACUUGAGGAGACUAACAAAAUAGUGCAGGAGAUGCUAGAAGCAGUAGCUUGUACGAAGGAACAAGUUGACCUGACCAAGGGCCAUGCAGAAAAUGAACUGAGUUCACUUGUCUCUGAGAUCCAAGUUUUUAGGCUGGAUAUAGCACAUGAAAUCUUGAAACUCAAGCGAGAAAUCCCAGGAAAUGACUACGACAACGCAGAGUCAGUUGGGUUGUUGCCAUCGGUGAAGUGCUUGGAUAGCGAGCGCCGGUCUUGGGAACAGCAAAUUAAAGCUGCCAGUGUAGUUCUGAAUCAGAAGGAAUUAACAAUACGUACUCUUCAAGGUGAGGUUGAAAAGGCCCGGCAGCAGGUCGCCAGAGUUCAAACCCAACAUGCGGUAACGCAAGCACUACUACAGGAAAAAGAGAACAUGAUCUUGAAGCUUAUCAAUGAGGUGAACCAUCUCAAUAAAAGCAUGAACCGAGAUCAUAUGCUGCGGCAGAGCUUAACAAGAGAUGUGGAUAAUAUCUCUAGCUUGAGACGUUCAUUCUCCUACAAGGCAACUGAGGAGAAAGAUAACACGUUGAGUGUGCUCAAGGAGGAGCAAGAGCAGCUGAAGACAAUGGUUUUCAAUCUUGAGGUUGAGAAAUCUGAGCUACAAGAGCAACUACAGGAAGCACAGAUAAAAACUAAAGCUUUGGAGUCCACUAUUGAACACUUGCAGAAAAGCGAUGAUCACUGGAUAGCGGAAGUGCAAUCACUCGAAGAGCAGCUCGAAGAGAGCGCACGACAUGUCAGCGAAUUAGAAAACCAUAGAAUGGAGUUAAGAGAGGAGAUGCAGCGUCAGGCAGUAGCGUUUGCUGAACUCCACGAGCAGCUACAAAAGCAGGAAUGUGCAUUGGAAGGUGAAGCUCGUGCUCUCUCCAAUAAGGCUGCUGCAGAGUGGGAAGUUCUCCACACCCUUCAGGAGGAAAAAGCCGAGCUCAAGUCUAUGGUGGAGCGAUUGGAUGCAGAGCUCACCGUAUAUGAGGAGAAGGCGUCUCGCGCGGAACGUUCGCAGGCUGAAAUAGAGCGUCUGCAGCGUGAAAUGGAGGGCCUUCAGAAGGAGCUCUUACGGAUAGAGUCACUUCAGAAUGAAAUAGAGGUGCAGAAUGGAAAGCUGGAUACAAUUUCAUUUCAGCGCUCUAAGCUUGAGGCAGAUCUAGCUUCAAAGAACGAGGAACUUAGCAGAAUAAGUGAGGAAUUAAAGACCACGCGUGCCUCAGCAGAUAUGGUUGCCCAUGAGAGCCUUGAAUUGAAAUGUCAAGUUCAGGAGUUGCUGGAAAAAGUUUCAGCUUUGGAAGAGGAGAUCACAAGAAAGCGGAUUGCCAUCAAGAACUUAGAAGCGGAGCUUUCGACGGUCCAGGAGACGAUGGCUCGAUGCCUCGAAGAUGCCUCGGUGGAUAUGAGGGAGCUGGAGAUUGAACGAGACAACCUUCAAAUGGAGCUUAGUGCUCUUACUGAGCAGCUUCAAGCAACUCAAGCUCUUUCUGAUGAACAAGCAGCUUUAGCUGUUGAAGCUAGUCAGAAUGCUGAGUUGACUCGAGCUCGUGCUGAAGAGAAGCAAGCUGAAGCUGAAAUUCUGGGCAGAUCUAUAGUGGAGCUUGAAAGUACAGUAUACGCUCUUGAAUCCCAGCUCGGGCUUGUGAAAAGGGAGUGUGAGCGACAACGACUGAUGAGGGAAGACAUGGAAAUGGAGCUACAGCGGCUACAAAAUCAUUUGUCAAUUAUGCAAGCCGCUCUUGAAGAGGCCGGUACGAGAAGUGACGAUGACAUUAUCGUAGCUCAACUUGCACGGGAAGAAGCUGAAAGGAAACUGCAAGAGAAGGACGCUGAGAUGCAACUUGUACAGAAGAAGUUCGAAAUUCUUCAGAAAGAUUCAGAGGCCAAGGCUGAGAAGAUUCGGAAUUCUAAGGCUCAAAUCGCAGAGCUUCUAUCCGAGGCUGAGAGGAAAGCAGCUGAAUAUGAGGAUAAGCUUAAAGCAGUCGAAACUAAAUUGGAAGAACGGGUUAAUUCUCAACCUACAUUGUCAAAGGGACCCAAACUGAAAGGGACAGGGUCAACAUUCGCUUGCAUUGGAAUGGGUCACCAGGUAAAUUCCGAGUUGAAUGCUGAGCGGCAAAUGUAUGAGCGUCGCAUUGAGGAGUUAGAGAUCGAGCUCAGCGACCAGCAAAGAGAGGCCUCUAUUUUGAAUGGAAAACUCGGAGCUGCUGAGAGGAUGACCCGUGAAGUCCUUCAAGAUUUGCUUGGAGUAAAAUCAGACAUGACUAAUGUGGCGAAUCUUCUUGGUCAUCAGCAGGAGGAGCAAUACUCUAUGCAAGCUCAGAAAGAUUCUUUGGAAAAGGAUGAAGGAGUAGAGCGCCUUCUGCAGCAACUCAACGACGUAAUCGAAGAGCGAGAAAGUUGGUUAGAGGAAAUCAGUAGGAGGCAGUCCGAUCUACUUGCAGCUCAAGCUACCAUAGAAAAACUACAAGAACGUGAACGAGCACUUCGUACAGAGAACGAGAAUAUUAAGGAUGAGCUGAGAGUACAACAGAAAAAAGCAGGAAACUUGGAAGAAGAAGUCAAGAAACUCUCUGGACAACAGAAUCUUCAACAACGUAUUAAGCAUCACGCCAAGAUUAAGGAAGAGAACAACUUGCUACGAAUUCAAAACGAUGAAUUGACUGGGAAGCUGAGACGAGCCGAACUUCUUCAUACCCGUAAUGCUGAUGAGCUGGCGAAGUAUCGCACUGCGGAAGGCAAAACUCCUCUGCUUCACUUCGAUGAAGAGCAGCGCCUCCGUUCUCAAGUCCAGGAACUUGAGGAGGGGAAGGCUGACUUGUCUCAAAAGUUAGUGGACAUAUGUGAGCGUAUUAUGGAGGCUGCAGGCAUUUCAAAAUCCAACAGAGAUGCUGAACUACCAAUGGCCUUGGAAGCUCUCCUGCAACUUAAAAUCCGUCUUGCUUCCACCGUAAAAGAUCUUGAGGAUAGUAAACUUAAGGUCAAAAUCCUGGAAGAGAAGCAGAGGUUAAACGAGUUGCGACUUGUACACUCACCUAUGAAGGGCGUUUUCGGUGUGGAGUGCCUCACACCCCGAUAAUUUUGUAGUCUUUUGUACAGGACAAUAUCGGUAGGACGCAUCAUUUAUUAUUUUACCAAAAUGGUAUUUGACAUGUACACUAGUAGGGUACACCAUCGAGUCAACUGUACUAGUAUCAACAGAGAACUUUUAAUCCUUUUUGACAGAACACGGUUUAUCUGUUUGAUGUUCAAUUUUCAUCUUCAUGAUCUUUUUUAUUAGGAUGAGCUCGAUUCAAUCCCA